UAAUAAAAAUAAAAUAAUAAUUGGGUAAAACACACAAGAAGAAAAGACAAUUUUAUAAAAGUAUAACGAGAAAAGUCGAGAGAGAGAGAAUGUACUAAUAAUAUUUUUAGUUGGUUGUAAAUUGUGUGUGUGCGCGCAGUCUUUUUAGUUUUUAAACGAAUAUUUGGGUGAUUGGAAAUAAUGAUAGCAAUAUUUAAAAGAAAGGAGGGAGGGUUGUCGGGAAUGAAAAAGAAAAGAAAAGAAAAAUGGGGAGAAGAUUGAAGAAUCGGGGAAAAAGCAGACGAGAAUUGAGUGUAGGAGAAUUGGGGGGGGGGGGGGGGGGGGAAGGAAUUGGGGGGGGGGGGGGGAAGGAAUUGGGGGAGAAGUUGAGGGAAGGGGAGGGAAGGGUAUGGGGGAAGGAAGGAGGAGAAUCUGGGGGGAGAAGUAGAGGGAAGGGAUGGGUAUGGGAGAACUUGGAGGGAGAAGGAUUGAAGUUUGGAGGAAGGGAGUGAAGAGAAUAUUCGGGGGAAGAAGUUUGAGGGGAGGGAGAGGUGAAGCAACCAACAAGGAAGGGAAGGGAAGAGUAUGGGAAUGGGAGAAUUGUGGGGAGGGAGGAUUGAAGCUAGGGAGGACUUGGGGAGGAUUUAAAGUUGAGGAGAGGGAGGGAAGAAGUUUGGGGGAAGGAGGUGAAGGAGAGUAUUUGGGGGAAGUUUGGGGGAAGAAAUGAGAGGGAAGGGAGAGGUGAAGCAACCAAGCAACUGUUUUAUUUUUUUGGACAAGUUGAAGGUGUGGGGAUGUUGUUGAAAGGUGAGGGAGGAUGGAGGGAGAUAAAUAAGCAUUGUGAAAUUAAUAUUUUUACUUUAAGGGAGCGGGCAGAACACAAAAAAAAAGAUUGGGAAUAAUUCUUGGGAAAAAAGGUAUUAAAUAGGUGAGUGAUUAAAUAAACUUGAAA